AUGGCAGUUUCAAAAGAUUAUUACUAUAAAUUAGGCUCAGAAAAACCACAAGAAAGAAUAGAAGCAGCUAAGAAUUUAAUACAGAAUUUAAUUGAUGAAAGUGAAAAGAGUGAAUGGGAAUAUGCAUUAAAUAGGUUACUCAAGGGUAUUAUAACAACUCGUCAAUCUGCUAAAUUUGGAUUCUCAAUGUGUUUAGGUGAGAUCGUUACUGAAUUAUUAGCUAGGGAAGAGAUUACAAUUAGAUCUUAUUUAGAUAAAUUGAAUGAUAUUACUCAAUUGAAGGCUUCAUUGAAAGGUAAAGAAGAAAGAGCAUACUUAUUUGGGAAAUUAUUUGGAUUACAAAUUUUAAUUAAUAAUGGACUGAUAUAUAAAGCUGAAACUGAAGAGAAGAAUAAGUUUGUUAACUCCUUAAUUGAAUUAUCUAUUUUUAAAAAUUGGUUAAGGGAAAGUUCAUUAUUUACGUUAUUUCAGUUUAUUCAAAAUUUGGACCAAGAAGAAAACAAGGAAACGCUUUUGAAGGUAUUACAAUCAUUGAAUAAUCAUGGAUUAAAUUUAUCGACCGAAUCAUGUGCCAUUUAUUUAAUUAUCCAACCUGAAAUCAGAUCAGAAACCUUGUCUAAAUUAACUAAUGCCAAAAUUAAUUGGAAGAAUGGAGAUCCAUUAAAUAAAAACAACUUAUAUUUAUUAUCUAAAGUAUUAAAAGACAUAGAAGUCCCACAACAAGAAGAAGAAUCUAACAAUAAUAAGAAAUCAAAUUGGACAGCUCAAUUGCCUUUUGUAUGGGAUGUAAUAAUCAGUAAAUUGAUAAAUACUCCUGAGAAAUCAGUUUCAAAUGGUAAGAAAAGAGUUAAAAUGGAACAAGAAGUGACAAUUAAAGAAUUUUUCAAAAUUGUAGUUGAUGAAUCAUUGUUUAGUGAAAAAUCAUCACAUGAACGAAAGUACUGGGGUUUUGAAAUAUUUCAAAAAUUUUUAAAAUUGAUAGACAAUGAAGAUGUGAAAUACUUAUUCACUGGUAAUUUUUUAAGAUGUUUGAUUAAUCAAGUAUCUCAAUCCAAUAGAUUACUUAACUCAAUUGCAAAAUCAACUAUUAAGGAAAUUGUAAAUAAGUGUCAAGCGGAACCAGAGGUAUCUUCAAUUAUACUUGAUUGUUUGAUCUCAAAUUGUUGGAAUUUUGAUUUAAUUACAAAGACAAAUACGAUAGAUACUAUUUUGAACAUAAAAUCAGAAUAUGUCAAUAGUUACACUAUAUUAUUCAUUUCCAAAUUUAACUCAUUUGUUGAUUCACAAUCGACUAUUAAUCAACUAAAAAGCUCAAAUGAUAAUAUAUUAAAAUGGUACUUGGAUAAGAUAGGACAUCUCGUUAAAUCUUCAAAAUUUAUUGAUAAUGAUACUAUAGAAUCUAUACUAAACAUGUUGAUUCUGAACUCAUUUUUUAAGUCUAAAUUAAGUAAUAAUAUAGUGAAAUUAAGUCAAGAGAAAUUAAACUCAAUAUUAUCUGCAGUUGUAUCAAGUAAGAAUGGAACUCAAAGUUGGUCAUUAUACGUUUAUAACAAAAUACAAAGCUAUAAGAAAACCAAAGAAUGUUUAAUUGAAUUUGAUGAAUCAAUAACCACCAUAGAACAAGAUACUAGAAAGUUAAUUAAAGGUUUAAAGUCAUCAGAUUACAUUUUUGAAUUGUUAUUUUCUAUGUGUUUGAUCCAGAUGUAUAUGGAAGAACCAGAUGUUGUAGAAAUAAUAAAUGAUUUAAGAGACAUCUAUGAAAAUAGCAAGAAUACCGAGACUAAUUCAGUUAUGUUGACUGAAAUAUUAUUAAGUUUCUUGAGUAAGAAAACCCCAUUAUUCAAAGAAUUAUCAAAUAUUGUAUGGGAAGGUUAUUUAUGUGAAUCUGAUGAAAAUGGACUCAGACUAAAUGAAGAAUGUUUUAAAUUAUUAUUUGAUAUUUUGGAAACUAGAGAAAAUAAAGAAGGUCAACAGAAAUUAUUUGAAGGUGAAGAUGAAAUGGAAAUCGAUGAGAAAGGAGCAGAAAAUGAAAAUGAGGAAAAUGGAGAAAAUGAAGAUGAUGAGGAGGAGGAAAGUGAAGAAGAAGAAGAGGAGCUGGAGGGAGAUGAGUUGGCUGAGAUUGAUAAAGAGACGAAUUUGAAACUUGCUAAAGCUCUCGGUAUACCUACUUCAGAUUCCGGUGAGGUUAAAUUUGAUGAAUUAGAUGAUUUAUCAUCAAAUGAUGAAUAUGAAUCAGACUCAAUGGAUGAUGAACAAAUGAUGGCGAUGGAUGAUCAAUUAAGUAAGAUUUUUAAAGAUAGACAAGAUAUUUUAAAUAAUGUCCAAACUGGGAAUAAACGAAAAUUGGAAAAAUUAGAAGCAAAAGAUCAAAUCAUAUAUUUCAAAAACAGGGUAUUAAAUUUAUUGGAAACAUUCGUUAUUAAGAAUCCCAAUUCUGAAUUUAAUUUGGUUAUGUUACCUGUUUUAAUCAGAUUAAUGACAAUUACAACUGAUAAAAAUCUAGGAAAUAAGACACAUAAAUUAAUCAAGACCAGAAUUUCAAAAACUAAAUUAGAAAAAGGGGACGAAGAAGACUUAUUCAGAAUAUUGAAAGCCUUACAGAAUGAUUAUGGAAGUAUCAAAUCAGGUAAUAAUAUUGCAAUUCAAGCAUUAAAUCAAAGUUGUAUAAUCAUAUCCAAAAAUUUAUUAUUCAUAAAUUCAGAAAACUUGGUAAAGAUCAUGAAUGUGUAUUUUGACUCAAUGAAGUCAUGGAUAUUAAAUGAGGAUUCAAAGAUCUCCUCAUCAUUAUUUAUAGAUUUUAUAAAUUGGAUAAAUAGUAAAAAAUAGAUAGAACACAAUUGGUAGCAUAUUUGUAGUGUAAUUGGCCCAAUUUCUCUACCAAUUAGAAGUUGAACCAAGCGUAAUUUUUUUUUCAAACCGAAUAACGAAUAUUUGAAUAUUUAUUGAAGAAUUUAUCAUGUCAGCAUAUAAACAAGCAGGUAUUUCAUUAAAUAAAGCAUUAGCUGUUGCGGCUCAAACUUUAAGAAACUCAUUAAAAGCUGAAUUUAAAGCUGCUGCUGAAAGAAGAGGUGCUUGUGAUGCAAAAGUUAUAACUUAUAAAAAUGGUGAAGCUAGUGAAGCAAAACCAUUGAAAGCAAUUGACAAUUAG